AUGAAGAUGAGUACAGUCCUUUUUGAUUGGGAUACAAUACAGGAAGAUUAUGCAGCAUGCGGUUGGACGGCGAAGGCGCAACCAAGAGUCAAGAUGCUGUGGACCGUUGAAAGCUCGUUCAGGAAAGAGCCGACGGGGCCCCUGUCUGGCAGAAGCGCGGAAGCGCCCCAGUCUACCCUCUCGGUCAGUGUUCCACUGCUGACUGGCCCGAGAGAACAGUGUGCUUGCACACCUCCAAAAAUCUUUAUCGCUACAUAUAUAUUUUUACAAAAGACUUCGAAGCUUCCCCAGACCCUAACUCGAGUUCACCGCCCAUUGCACAGUGGCAGUGGUAGCCAGACGCGCGCUACCGCCGCAUGA